AUGCGUGCCUUUUCGUCGACAUUCAUCAGCCUAGGUCUCGCAGUCCUGGCAGCUGCCUCCGACGAAGAUGUUGUUUCGUUCCCCGCCAUCGGCGAAGUCGACAUCGUGUUUCCUAGGGAAGAUACAUACGCCGCCGAAGCCCCAUUUCCCGUCAUCUUCGGCCUUCAAAACGCCCCAGUGUUGACCACCUUCAGCGGCACACUCAACUGGGAACUUAACUGUGCAUAUACUCUAUUCGGCAUCGGUCGACUAUACUUAGACUUUUUACCUGACUCGGAGCCUUAUUACUUUCUCAACACGAGCAAAGCCAUCGCUGAUGCUGACGAGGGUGACCAGUUUCAGUACUGGCGUGGCGAAGAAGAUUCUUGUAUCCUCAAGUGGGAUUUGCGGUGGACCACUGUCUGCGAGCCACGCAAAGACGGCAGUAUCCUCUUGAAGAACAAUCAGUUCGAAAGAUCUGGCAAUGUAACUUUUACUCUUCGCCCUGGCGCAAAGACUGCACACAAGGCUAUCGCAGAGUACGAUGGCUGCGCUAUUGGGGGAACUGCGGUGAAGGUUGAACGCAACCAUACGGUUGGCUGUCCCAUUCUUGCCGAAGACGCCUCACCGAAACCGAAGCUUUGUGGUUUGGAUGUCAAAAAGGCCCGCAGCAGUCUUGCUGAGGCUGUUGUGAAACCUACCACGAGCUUGACCGCGAUACCCAGCAAAACGACCGAUCCAGGUAUGGAUGCAACAGGUACUGGGACAGAAGGUGCCUUAGUGCCAUCUAGCACUGGAGAGGCCUCUGGUCAAAGCAACGGAGGUGGAAAGGAUAAUAAUGGUGCACAAGCAUUCGCUGGUAGCAAAGGCGGGCUUUUGACGGUGUUUACUGCUUUGGUUACUAGUAUCCUUCUCGAGCUAGUUUUGUAG